CCAGGAACGCGCAUGCGCGCGGGGUGUUUCCCGGUGGGAAGUGGCGUCUCUGAGGCUAGGGGGUAGUCGGCUCGGCCGGAAGUGGUCCCGUCAGGGAAGAGGUGGCGGAGCGGCCUGGCGGCUUUCGGGGACAGGGCUGGGGGCGCCGGGCCUGGCGGGGUGGCGCGUGCGGCCCUGAGGCGAAAGCCCCUCCACGGUCUUCUCAUUCACAGGUUAAGGCCACCCUUCCAGAUAGUCCAACCACUUAACUCAUCCAUUCCCAAGGAUGUGUGCAUCACCUUUGGAAAACAUUGGACCUUUGCACACCAGAUAUCCUUGACAGCACAUCUCAUCACCCCCCUGCAACCAAGUUUCUUUAUCAGCGGACAACCAAGGCAACUACCAAGCUUGUUUUUCACGACCAAGUGUGUAGACUGUCCCUGCCAACCAAAGCAGUACACAGAGCUUCUCUUCACAUUACCACUGAUCAUUCAGAUGGCACUAAGAAAAUCAGCUUGUCUAAAUGUGAGCCCUUCUCUUGUUGGGUAGCCAGGAUUUGAAGGAGAUAACUCUGGAAUCUGUGUCACUGGUAAAUGACUGGCGCUUUUAUACACUAAACUGAUCUUGAAGACUGAGAUGUCUGGCUUUGUAAGUGAAGAAUAUACAACAUAACCUUGAAGAACAACACAGUAGUGUGGACCAAUGGCAGACUUGUGUGUUUAAUGAACUGAGAGACAAAUUACUCUUGGUGAAAAGAUUUUCUGUCUGUUUUUUAUUUGCCAGUGUUUGUGUUUGCUGGCUUAGGUUGUUGCCUUUCCUGGUUCCUUGCUCUGUUUUGCUAUAAUGGGUCCCAGAAAUCCAUCUCCUGACCCCUUAUCAGAAUCAGAAAGUGAGGAAGAAGAAAACUUUGGCUAUUUAAAUGAGAAUUCUGGGGAAGAAUGGGACUCCUCUGAAGAAGAGGACCCAGUAGUUCCCAACUUAACGCCUCUUGAGAGUCUUGCCUGGCAAGUUAAGUGCCUUUUAAAAUAUUCUACAACUUGGAAACCUUUAAAUCCCAAUUCCUGGUUGUAUCACGCUAAACUCUUGGAUCCCAGCACACCAGUCCAUAUACUUCGAGAGAUAGGUCUAAGACUCUCUCAUUGUUCCCAUUGUGUCCCCAAACUGGAACCAAUUCCUGAGUGGCCCCCUCUGGCCUCUUGUGGAGUGCCACCUUUUCAAAAGCCCCUUUCAAGUCCCAGCAGGCUCUCAAGAGAUCAUGCCACUCUCAAUGGAGCACUGCAGUUUGCCACGAAACAGUUAAGCCGAACAUUGAGUAGAGCUACUCCCAUCCCUGAGUACCUAAAACAGAUCCCUAACUCCUGUGUUUCUGGUUGUUGUUGUGGCUGGCUAACUAAAACAGUGAAAGAAACCACCCGUACUGAAUCCAUCAACACUACAUACUCCUACACUGACUUCCAAAAGGCAGUCAACAAACUUUUAACAGCAUCACUCUGAAGAUCUACCAUUGGAUCAUCUCUCUUUGAUAUAACUAAGAAAGAAGUGGGUGAGAAUGUUAAUCAUUAGGCAGCCCACAGUUGAAAAGCUAAUGUUUUCUCAACUGACCUAUGCCAUGCUCUAGCUUACCCAGGUACUGCUGUAUAUUGAAUGUGCCCAAGGUCCUGUAACUCACCUAUAUAAAAUAUGCGUUGUGAGCAUACUGUGACAGAUCCUAUGGAUGAAAUGAGAAUUUUGAUGGAGAAUUACUCAGAAGAGAUUUUAUAAAAAAUGACUAUUCUUUAUUGUCAAUAUUUACCUUCUCCCCAGUUUACUGUGUCUAUGUGAAUGGACUUUAAGUAGAUACCUGAUUUAUUAACAAGUAGAAAAACAAACUUCUCUUUUUGUUAACCAUCAGUCAGAACUGCCAUUGUGGAGAGCAAGAAGUUAACUGCACCCAGCAAAAUCUUUGGAAACAUAGUCCUCUGCGAAACUGAUUUCUAGGGAGGUAAAUAGUGAGGCAAAUGAUGGGAAUACAGAUAUCUCCUGGCUUUUCAGUAAGUAUGCUUACAUAUACCAU